CACAGAACUUUAAACACACUGAUUCAUGCAUGCGUGCGUGUGUUUCGCUUUCUCUGUGUGUGCGGACACCGGUGAAGGGGGGGUGGUGGGCAAUAUUGGCCACACCCCACGCUCAUGUCAGUCAUGUGGUGCUGGGUGACACCGCCUGUUAAUCACAUCCUUCAUGUUCAUUCUGUUCCAAAACAACAGCAGAUGAAAUCAGAAUUGAAUGGGCCAAUUCUUCGCUGGGAAACAAUUACUGUUAUUUCACCGGAGAGUCCUCCCAAAUCUCACUCACCCACCCACCCGCAUCACCCUUAUAAAGCUCCCACCCUACGGCUUUACGUGGACGCGCAAGCCGCGUGUGUACGCGCGGGUAGUAGGACUUUCAGCGGUCGCCGCUGGAGGAAAAAAAAAGGAGAGAGAAAGCAGAGGAGCGGAGCGGAGCAGUGGGAGGAGGACGACGUGACGGGAGGACCCAAAACAGAAGCUCACGGGACUACGACACGCACAGAGAAACGGGAGAAUAAUAAUAUUAAAUAAAAAAAAAACAGCUGGAUCAUAUCUGGAGCAGAUUUGGAGAUUCGAGCGGCCGGAUACGCGGCUCGGGCUGUUACGCACGAUAGCGUUUCCCUGCGGUAAAAAUCAGCCUGAGUUUUUUGGUCAGGAGGCGCACGGCUUGCCCGCUCUUCCUCGUCAGAAAAGAGGCUUUAUAGCGGGGAGGUUGGCGGAGCCGCAGACUGAAGGCGCGUUGGAGGAGUUGGGAUGUCCUGAGUCAGUCCUCCGGUCCCAGAGAGCAGUUUGCUGAUGGGACCUGCUGCGCCGCCAUGAGCUUACAAGAUGGCGGCUGCAGCUAUGCCAGCAGCGCCAACCUGGCCACCAUUAGUGGCAGCAUGCGGCGACGCCUGGAGGACCACGAGUUCACCCUACGCGUCUACCCAGGCUCCCUGGCUGAGGGCACCAUCUACUGCCCCGUCAGCGCCCGCAAGAACACCACCGCCGCUGAAGCCAUCGAGUGCCUCAUCGAACGGUUGCACCUGGAGCGUACUAAAUGUUACGUGUUGGCCGAGGUGAAGGAGUUUGGCGGGGAGGAAUGGAUUCUCAACCCUGGCGACUGCCCCGUUCAGCGCAUGAUGCUGUGGCCAAGAACCGCCCUGGAGAAUCGAAGCGGCUUGGGCAGUGGUGAGGACUACCGCUUCCUCCUGCGGGAGAAGAACCUGGAUGGAUCCAUCCAUUAUGGUGGCAGCCUGCAAAUGUGGCUGCGAGUGACUGAGGAACGUCGGCGCAUGGUGGAACGGGGUUUCCUCCCACAGCCUGCUGGGAGUGACCCUCCAUCUGACCUGUGUGCUCUCCCGGAGCUAACAGAGCGCGCCCUUUUGGAAAGCCUCCGUGCACGCUUUCGCCAGGAGAAGAUCUACACUUACAUUGGGAGUAUUCUUAUUGUGAUUAACCCCUUCCAGUUCCUGCCGAUCUAUAAUCCUAAGUAUGUCAAAUUGUACGACAACCACGCACUGGGGAAGCUGGAGCCGCAUAUUUAUGCUGUGGCCGAUGUGGCGUAUCACGCCAUGUUGCAGCGACGGAAGAAUCAGUGCAUAGUAAUUUCCGGAGAGAGUGGAUCUGGGAAGACUCAGAGCACCAACUUCCUGAUUCAUCACUUAACUGCUCUCAGCCAGAAGGGGUUCGCCAGUGGGGUAGAGCAGAUCAUCCUGGGAGCCGGACCUGUGUUGGAGGCUUUUGGGAACGCCAAGACUGCCCACAACAACAACUCCAGCCGCUUCGGCAAGUUCAUCCAGGUCAACUAUCAGGAGAGUGGCACCGUCAGGGGAGCGUACGUAGAGAAGUACCUGCUGGAGAAGUCCCGUUUGGUGUACCAGGAGCACAAUGAGAGGAACUACCAUGUGUUUUACUACCUGCUGGCUGGGGCCAGUGAGGACGAGAGGAAGGCUUUCCACCUGCUCAAACCUGAGGAAUACCACUACCUCAACCAGAUGACAAAGAAAUCGCACAAACUCCACUGGGACAAUUACUAUGACAGUGAGCUGCAGGACUGCUUCACGGUAGAAGGAGAAGACCUCAAACAUGACUUUGAGCGGCUGCAGCUGGCUAUGGAGAUGGUCGGCUUUCUGCCCGCUACACGCAAACAGAUUUUCUCCCUGCUGUCAGCAAUCCUCCACCUGGGAAACAUUCGCUACAAGAAGAAGACCUACAGGGACGAUUCCAUUGACAUCUGUAACCCAGAGGUCCUGCCCAUCGUCUCAGAGCUGCUAGAGGUUAAAGAGGAGAUGCUCCUUGAAGCGCUGACAACCAGGAAGACGGUGACCGUCGGAGAGAGGCUCAUCGUGCCCUACAAACUGGCAGAGGCGGGCACGGUGAGGGACUCCAUGGCCAAGUCACUGUACAGCGCGCUGUUCGACUGGAUUGUGUUCAGAACCAACCAUGCCCUGCUAAACAACAAGGACCUGGAGGACAGUUCAAAGAUCCUGUCUAUAGGAGUCCUGGACAUCUUCGGCUUCGAGGAUUAUGAGAACAACAGCUUUGAACAGUUCUGCAUCAACUUCGCCAAUGAACGGCUACAGCACUAUUUCAACCAACACAUCUUCAAGUUGGAACAGGAGGAGUACAGGGCGGAGGGCAUCACCUGGCACCACAUCGAAUACAUCGACAACAGCGGCUGCCUCAACCUCAUCAGCAAGAAACCCACGGCUCUGUUCCACCUACUGGAUGAGGAGUGCAAUUUCCCUCAAGCUUCAAAUCAGACCUUGCUGGACAAGUUCAAGCGUCAACAUGAAGGAAACAGCUACAUUGAAUUCCCGGCCGUCAUGGAGCCCGCCUUCAUCAUCAGACACUACGCCGGUAAAGUCAAGUACAGAGUCAAGGACUUCAGGGAGAAGAACACUGACCACAUGCGUCCUGACAUCGUGGCCUUGCUGAAGAGCAGCAAGAAUGCCUUCAUCUGUGGCCUGAUGGGGAUUGACCCCGUUGCGACGUUCCGCUGGGCCGUGCUGCGUGCUUACUUCAGAGCCCACGUGGCCUUCAGGGAGGCCGGCCGCAGACACACCCACAAAAAAACUGGGAAUGAUGUAGUCUCCUGUGCUGUUGUCAAAACCGUCGACAACUUUAGUUUCCUCCACCACCCAGUUCACCAGAGGAGCCUUGAGAUCCUUCAGAGAUGCAAGGAUGAGAAAUACAACAUCACUAGGAAGAAUCCCCGGACACCUUUGUCAGAUCUUCAUGGCACCAACGCCCUGAAUGAGAAGGCCAGCUGGGAUGGCUAUGGUGUUGGAUGUAAUGGACGUCCAAGGUCGAGUCGUCUCUCAACGGGAAGCCCCGCCCUGGAAGAAGAUGGGAUCUUCCUCAACUCAACCAACAGCAAGCUCCUUGAGAGAGCUCAAGGAAUCCUACUGAGAAACAAAAACUGCAAAAGUAAACCUACACUUCCAAAGCACUUGUUGGACAUUAAGUCGCUGCGCUACCUGAGCAGCGUGACGCUCCAUGACCGCAUCACCAAGUCUCUGCUUCACCUGCACAAGAAGAAGAAACCUCCAAGCAUCAGUGCUCAAUUCCAGGCAUCACUCAAUAAGCUGAUGGAGACUCUCGAUCAGUCAGAGCCGUACUUCGUCAAGUGUAUUCGCUCCAACGCUGAGAAGCUACCGUUGCGUUUCAAUGACAGUCUGGUGGUCAGACAGCUGAGAUACACUGGCAUGCUGGAAACAGUCCGGAUCCGACAAUCAGGAUACAGCAUCAAGUACACUUUCCAGGACUUUGUUCGUCACUUUCAUGUGCUGCUUCCCCGGGGAACGAGCCCAACAAAGUCAGGUAUCAGAGAGUUCUUCAGAAGGAUCCACCUGCCACCCGCUGGGUAUCAAGUGGGCAACACAAUGGUAUUCCUGCGGGAAGCGGAGCGUCAGCGUCUUCAGACCCUCCUUCACCAGGAAGUGCUGCGGCGAAUUGUCACGCUGCAGCGCCGCUUCAGGGCCGUCUUAGAGAGGAAGCACUUUAUCAACAUGAGACGAGCUGCGUGUGUCAUCCAGCGAUGGUGGCGGCACUGUCUUCUCAAGCAAUCCGCCAUUGAUCUGAGCAUAGAGGAGGGGGCGGUGGUGUGUCUGCAGGCGGCUUGGAGGGGUUACAGGGAGCGCAGGAAGUUCCUACACUGGCGGGACUCUGCCUUCAUCAUACAGAGGAGCUGGAGAAACUGUCGGCGUCGUAGGUCUCUGGCUGCUACAACAAUUCAGUCAGCCUGGAGAGGAUUCAAGGAGAGGAAGCGCUACUGCAGAACGUACAGGACGGUGACACAGCUGCAGGCGAUUGGCAGAGGAUACCUAACACGACUCAGGUUUACAGACCUAAAGGAGCAACAUGAGAGACUGAGCAGACAACCGAGUCCACCUGCAGAGAUUGAUGCAGGCACCGUGGAGGACCUCCCUUCUUCAGGGGGUGGGGGUUAUGUGCAGGAUAUCACUUUAGAAAUAUCUGAAAACUCUAAUGUAGCAGAGACUGAAAAAGAAGAGGACUCUGACCGAAGUAGGGGCAUAGAUGACACUAGCCAUAAGACUCGAUCAAAACGAGAGAGCAGACGAAUGAGAGAGCUGCAGCAAGCCCAGUUCAGCUUGGAGCUUCACAAGGUCCGAACCACAAGUGUUGGGGGUUCGCUGCAGGACGACCUGGACCCUAAGCUACAGAUACAUUCACCCCGGGGGUCCCCAGCUAGUCAUGGAAGUUUUGAACUGCUCAGUGUGGAAGACAUGGAGACUGAAGGCCCUGGUCCCCAGUUGAUUGCACCUCAGGAACAAUCCCAAACUCUUGAUACUGAAAUUCACGAUGGGCUGAGAGACUCCAACUUUAAUGAAAAAACUGUGACAGAGCUACCAAACGAAGUGGAGGGGCCAAGGGCAACAUUUUAUAUUGCUUCUGACCAAAGUCCCGUUCAUGAACCAAAACAUGAAAGCCCCAUAAAAUCACACAAAGAAAGAAGGGAGUCCACAGGUCGAAGGCCUGUAGUGGUGUUGAUCAGUAUGCAGAAAGAGAGUCCUUUGGAGGAGGGAGAGCUGCUGGCAGCCCAAACCCUUGAAGGAACUUCUCAAACAGAAGCAGCCAGUCCUCAAAUGACCCCCAUUGGAGGUUUGGAGGUGGGAUCAGAGAGGGAACAGCCUCAUGGGAUUUCUACCCAGGCCAAAAGAGACUUAUUUGGGUUGGAUAAGUUUUCUAUGCCCCCCUUAUCAAACACUCGUGGGGAGAGUCAAGAAGCUCCAGGGGUUUGUUCCUCAGAUGUGGACAUCCAGCUUGUCCCAGAGCCAAAGUCCAGCAUUCCCACUGCUCUCCCCAGUCAGCAGGAAAGGAAGACGAUCCGGCCUGCACAGGAGGCCCCCAGCCCAGUCCUCGAUACCAAACCUCCAAAAGCCCAGAAGAAGAGCUCCAGCCAGACUGUGAUUGUGAACAUGGUGGAGAAACCCUCCAACUCUGUGUUCUCUCCUCCUAGACGCAAGCUGCCAUUCUCCAAGUCAGAUAAGGACUUGGUAAAUCAGGAACGGUCUCUUUCCAUGUACAGAGAUGACUCCAAAUCUCCUGGAUCCAGAAACAGAGAGCAGGUGGGCCGCCCCCACCCCAAAAAGAAAGCCAGAAUGUCCCGGACACGGUCUGACUUCCUCACCCGCUGUAACUCUGAGGGGGCGACACAGUCGGACGACGAUGAUGAAUACUACAUUCCCGCCCACUCCUGCACGCUGCCCCCUUCCCUGUCUCCCUCACGUGCCCACCCCGAGGUUGACUGUCACAGUGACUCCGAGAUGUCAUCUCACAAAGACCAGAAGAAGAUCCAUAAGACCAUGUCAUCAGGAGACCUGGGCAAGGUGGAGGUCUUGAGGAAAACCUCCAGUCACGAUGGAAGCAGGAUGAGAGGGAAGAUGCGAUUCUGGAGUAAGACGAAACACAGCGAGAAGAAACUGUCGAGAGAGAAGCAAGCCAGCAGGAGUGAAUCUGUAGAGGCACACGAAAUGGUGUCUCUUCCUCAUAGUCCAGAUUUGGAAGCUGAUUCUCAGGGGGUCAGGGACAGUAAGGAGAACAAGGAGCUCUCUCCCAAAAUGAGGAGGCGCCGCAGCGUGAAGAUCAGCAGCAUCGCUCUGGAACCUGCUCAGUGGCAGAACGACGCUCUGCUCAUCCUCUCCUCAGCCCACGACUAUCGCAGCAUGAACGACUUCCUCAUGAAGAAGAUUGCUGACCUUGAUUCUGAAGACAGUAAAAAGGACACUAUGGUGGACGUCGUCUUCAAGAAAGCACUUAAGGAGUUCAGGAUCAACAUCUUCAACUCCUACUCCACCGCUCUGGCUAUGGAUGAUGGGAGGAGUAUCCGUUACAAGGAUCUGUACGCGUUGUUUGAGCACAUCCUAGAGAAGACCAUGCGUCUGGAGCAGAGGGACUGGAGUGAGUCGCCUGUGAAGGUGUGGGUCAACACCUUCAAGGUCUUCCUGGAUGAAUUCAUGACAGAGUACAAGCCCAUGGAGGGAACCAUUGGCAGGGCUCCCAAACGUGAGCGAAAGAAGUCAAGGAAGAAGGAAACUGAUAUUGUGGAGGAACACAACGGCCACAUCUUCAAGUCCACCCAGUACAGCAUCCCCACCUACUGCGAGUACUGCUCCUCCCUCAUCUGGAUGAUGGACCGAGCGUGCGUCUGCAAAUUGUGUCGCUACGCCUGCCACAGGAAGUGUUGCUCCAAGAUGACCACCAAGUGUAGCAAAAAGUACGACCCGGAGCUGUCGUCUCGGCAGUUUGGUGUGGAGUUGUCCCGGCUGACCAGUGAAGAGCGUACCGUGCCCCAACUGGUGGAGAAACUCAUCAACUACAUCGAGAUGCACGGCCUCUACACGGAGGGAAUCUACAGGAAGUCGGGCUCCACCAAUAAGAUCAAAGAACUGCGACAGGGGCUGGACACAGAUGUGAGCAUCGUAAACCUUGAUGACUACAACAUCCACGUCAUUGCCAGUGUGCUCAAACAGUGGCUCCGUGACCUGCCCAGCCCUCUCAUGACCUUUGAACUGUAUGAGGAGUUCCUUAGAGCCAUGGGUCAGCCAGACAAGCGGGAGAUGAUCCGGGGCGUGUAUUCAGUGAUCGACCAGCUCAGCAGGACUCACCUCAGCACACUGGAGCGCCUCAUCUUCCAUCUGGUCAGGAUCGCCCUGCAGGAGGAGACUAACAGGAUGUCAGCUAACGCCCUCGCCAUCGUGUUUGCUCCCUGCAUCCUUCGCUGCCCCGACACCAUCGAUCCGCUGCAGAGCGUCCAGGACAUCAGCAAAACAACAGCGUGCGUGGAGCUGAUCAUCAACGAGCAGAUGAGCAAGUACAAAGCUCGUCUGAAGGACAUCAGCAGUCUGGAGUUUGCAGAGAACAAAGCCAAGAGCAGACUGACCCACAUCAGGAAGUCCAUGAAACCUGUACUAAUUGCUGUUAGGUUUAUGAGCAUAACCCGCACUGCCACCCCGCCUAACACAGCUAAACUUAAGGGCAAAGGCCGUGUUCAGCAAAGCAGCACCCACACGCCCUCACCCCCCCUCAGCCCCAGAGCACCUCACAUGGUCGAUGGAGACGCAGCAGAAGAAAGUGGAGGAGGAGGAGGAGGAGGAGGAGGAGGAGGAGGAGAGGAUGCAGCAGACGCCGGGCUGAGCGAACAGCAGCAGCUGGCCAUGCAGCAGGACGAGCGAAUCCUCACAGAGCAGAUCGAGAGGCUGCAGAAAGAAAAGGAGGAGCUAACGUAUGAGAUGCUCAUCUUGGAGCCACGGGCAUCAGACGAUGACACUCCUGAAUCUGAAGCCUCCAUCGGCACGGCAGACAGCUCGGAGAACAUCACCAUGGAGACGGAAGGAGCCACAUCUGACCCCUCUGAGCACGGCACAUACCGAUCCAGAAAGUCAGAUGCGAAGGGCAGACGAGCUCUGCGCCGGCAGCCCGACUCCCAGGACUCGGCAGACUCCACUUCCACCAUCUCCUCCUACCACCCCUCCUCCUCUCUCUCCUCGAACGCCUCCGGUUCUCCGUCCCCUCACUACCGGUUCCGCUCCUCCUCCUCCGGGCCCCUGCUCACUUCCUGCGGCUUGGGGGCCCCGUUGGCGGAGACGGAGGAGGGACAGAGAACCGGCAAGACGCGCCACAGGCUCAGGCUGAGCCGCAGCUCACCGCGCGAGCCCUCCGGAAGCCACCGGAGGGAUUCGGACUUUGGCUCGGGGCCACAGCAGCUGGUUCUGUAUGGCAGCAAUGAGUUCAUGGUGUGAUGCUGAAGGAGGAAGGAACACCGGGCGCCGCCUGUCCGAGUGCCGGAGGGUGAGUGAGAAGGGGAGGAGGUGGGGUCCGCGGUUACACGAGGCUGGCCGCGGGGCGAGGUUCACGUGACCGCCGCCCCUCCUCGGUGUCCACCCACCUCCUCCCUCGGUCCACUCAAAUCAGAAAGCCGCGUGAAGAUGAGAGGACUGGAAACAUGACACAGACGGUCAUAGGAAGAGGACCGACGACUAAUGUGAACGGCAGAAAGCUGGAGCAGAGGGAAGUGAGAAGACAUGGGCGACCGUGUUUGUUGUUGACCCUGCUGGUGGGGGUCAGUGAGAGGAAAGAGAGGAAAAAACACACACACACACACACACACGCACACACACACCUGCAAAGCCAAAUCUAACCAUGCCCUGUCUUUAUUUUGUAGUAUGAGGGCAGGUGGUUGACUCCACCCAGAAGAAAUGUAGCCAUACUGACUGAACUGGUGGACGUUUUAUCUGUGACCAGCGCCAAGCUAAGUCUGCUUUUCACGUUUACACAGGACACACCAGCCACGAGGCUGCAUGCUUCUCCAUCACACUUUCUCCUACGUCAGUUUGAAAAGACUGUGUUGAAACCUGUCAGAUAUAUGUUACAUUAUUAUUAUUAUUAUUAAUUAAUUAUUAUUAUUAUUAAUUAUUAUGUUACAGAGAAAAUGUGUAAAUAGAAAGAAAGUCCAGUGCUGCUCCUGGGUUGUUCAUUGUUGCUAAUUUUCUAUUUUGCAAAGUGAAGUGUCAUGAAUUCAGGUUACACUUUUGUUUCUGUGCUGUUUUUUUUUUUUGUUUUGUUUUUAUACUCUGUUCAGUGGUCAAUUUAUUUUCUUUUUCAUUUAACAAUGAACAGAAACAGUUUAGGGUGUACCCCUGACAAACAAUGGAAGGAAAAGCUGCCGCUCACAACGUUGUGUGUCGUGUGUCAGUCAAACAUGACCUGACGUGUCAAAUGUCAGUCUGCCGUAAGUGUUUUUUUGUAUGUGAACUUUCCCCACCACCUUCAGUUUUUCCUUCGGUUUGAUUCAGAAACAUCAGUGUUACUGCGUUGGGACUUGAAUUUUUUAAUAUAUAAUAUUGCUGUAUUAUAGGUGUUGUUGAUAUCAAAGAUCACGUGUUUUUUUUUUUUUUGUCAAUAUAAUUUCAUGUUUUGUUUUGUUUUUUUUCGUUGAAAUGAAAGCCAUUUUUUCCCCUCCUUUCCUGUCUAUAUUUGUGAGCGUGUGUGAAAGAAUGAAUGAGUCCUUCGGUUGUUUCAUCCCUCACGUCGUGCAUGUGUAGCCUCUACUACACACACUUACACUAGUGUUUCUCAUGGACGCUCUACAUGUAAGGGAUAGAAGGAAAAAAAAAAGUCAAUUAAGUGACACUAAAACUUUCUGUCUGGAAAAAAGUUUCCAUUAAUCUGAGUUGUAUUGCACCUGUGGGGGAAACUCUUGCACUCAUCCACACACUCAGACCGUCCAUGAUGUCCUCUGAGCCAUACGUAAUCCUCUCCUCUCCCCCUUCCCCCCGACCGUAGCUCUUCCAACCUCUUCUCUCCCGACUCUGCCUGUGAAAACGUAGCAUUUAAUCUAACCAGACAAAAAACAAGUAGCAACUAACUCAGAUCGUCCACGUGUUUCUGCAUAUUCUGUCUCUGUCCACACAGUAACCGAACAGUCAGUGUAUUACUGGGUUUUGUGAGCCUCUACUAUACUCAGUAGCUUAACAGCAAUGAUGUCUCCGUACUAAAGCUGCAAUAUCUCUCCUUGCUUGCUGCGCCUUUGAGCAGACACCUGUGAGCAGCCGAAAUCACCAACACAAUCAGUGUUACUCGACUUUACCUUGAAGCUGGAAGUCUUAGCGAUGACUGUGCUGAUCUCAGACUUAGUUGUUUUUUUUUUGUUUUGUUUUUUUUCCCAACAAUUUAAACUGUAGAACUGUACAAAAAGUUAUCCUGUUUUCAGAGGUGAGCUGAUAGGACAAAACCCGCCAGAUAUCUUUGCUCUGAUAUUUGUUGGGAUGGUGUUUGUGGUGUGUGUCCGAGCUGUCCACAUGGCAUUCUGCAAAAAUAAAAAAAAAUAAAAAAAUAAAUAAAAAAAAGAAAAGAAAAAGAAAAAAGUGAAUGUAUCUGUCACUGGAAGGCAUGCUUUGCUUUCUCUGGUUGUUCCUCUUUUAUACACAGUGUAUGUACUAUUUAUGAUCAUGCUUUUGGGAUGUACAUUGGUUUAAAAGAAUCUGUUAUAAAAGGUGUUAUGAGAGGAUAUAUUAUCCUGUGUACGGUUCAUUAUCUACUAUUAACCAUGGCGACAUUUUAACGGGCCACAGUCAGUCAUUUUUGUGCUGCGAAGCGGAGAAAAAAAGAAAAAGCAUUGGUGUCUGUCUGCGCCACUCUGGACACGGUUAUGUAUGUAUAAGGUGCAAUUUGUGUUACGUUUCUUUCUCUUUUUUUUCUUUUUUUUAAUGAUAUAAACAUGUCUAUGGUUGUAA